AUGGUAUGUAGACUUGCCGAUAAACUCCGCAACCAGCAAGAACUCGAGCGCCUUCAGGCCAAGUACGUUGGCACAGGACACCCCGAUACGACGAGUUGGGAGUGGAAGACCAACAUCUACCGCGACACGUACUCAUCCAUCGCCGGCCACCCCCCUAUGCUGUCGUACAUGGCGUUGGCCGAGAAUGAACCUACACAGCUCCUGCGUGCGAGGUUAAUCAGGAAAAUGAUGCAACCCGCCGGCCCACCACCACAACGCGAAGAUUAA